GUACUGAGUUUGUGCUGUGAAGCUUGCAAGAAAGUAAUUUUUCGUGUUCCUUCUGAACUAGAGGCUGAGACAUUAGUUGGCAGAGUUGAUUUGAAAGAAUGCCUUCAGUCUGCAGAGUUUAUCAGUUCCAGUGACGGAAACUUCAAAAUUCUAGAGGAUGGUUCUGUGUACACAACAUCUGUUGUUUCUGUGUCUGCUGAGAAAAAGACUUUUACCAUAUUACUUAAAGAUACUCAAGAACAAGUAGAAAAGAAAAUACAUGUUAGUUUGGUGGAAGAAGAAAAGAAGAAGACCAGGCAUGCUAGAGAUACAGUUCUCAAGCGAACUAAAAGAAGGUGGGGCCCUAUUCCAUCUGUUAUGUUAGAGAACUCACUGGGACCUUUUCCACUACAAAUACAGCAGGUCCAGUCAGACACAGCUCAGAACUACACUAUUUACUAUUCUGCAAGUGGACCGGGAAUUGAUCAAGAUCCAAAGGGUUUGUUUUACAUAGAAAGAGAAACUGGAAAUAUCUUUGCUACCCGUGCAGUAGACCGUGAACAAUAUCCGAGCUUUCAGAUCAUUUGCUUUGCAACCACUCCAGAUGGUUAUUCACCAGAGGUACCACUUGUGCAUACAAUCAGGAUAGAGGAUGAUAACGAUAAUGCUCCAUAUUUUACACAGGACCUUUUUGAGUUUUCUGUCCCUGAAAAUUCCAAACCUGGUGUCAUUGUUGGAAAGGUGACUGCGGAGGACAGAGAUGAGCCUUAUACUCUGCAUACGACGUUGAAAUACCGCAUUGUGUCACAAAAUCCACCAGUAACUCCAGCAUUUUCUUUACAUAGCGACACAGGCGUCAUUGCUGUAUUAUUACCACAGCUGGACAGAGAGCUGGUACCCAGUUACACUUUGUUAGUUGAAGUGAGAGAUAUGGCUGGCCAGCCUUUUGGUUUGUGUACUACAGGAACAGCUGUCAUUAGAAUUGAAGAUAUGAAUGACAAUGCACCAUGCUUUACACAAAUGCAAUAUGAAACACGAGUGGAGGAAAACAGAGUGAAUGUAGAAAUACUGAGAGUCUCUGUUGUUGAUCUUGAUGAACCUGGUUCGCCUGGCUCAGGAGCAGUAUAUGAAAUUAUAAAAGGAAAUGAUGAUCGGUCCUUUGAAAUUACAACAGACAAAAACACAAAUGAAGGAAUACUGUGUGUUGUUAAGGGACUGGACUAUGAAAGUGCCAAGCAAAGGAUCCUUGUGAUUGCAGUCAAUAACGAGGCACCCUACAUGUUGGCACCACAUUCACAACAACUUUCUCAGAGCACCAGCUCUGUUACAGUGCACGUCUUGGAUGUGGAUGAGGGGCCAGUGUUUAAACCCUGUCUGUUACGCAUAGAUGUUAAAGAAUGUGAGGACAUUGGAACAAUUAUUGGGAGAUAUGUAGCAGAAGAUCCAGAAACUGGAAAUAGUGAAGGCAUAAGCUACCGGAUAGCACCUGGCCAAUGUAAUUGGAUCAACAUAGAUGAAAAAUCGGGAGAAGUCAGAACUGUUAAAGUCUUGGACCGAGAUGUAGGAGAAAUGAGACGAGGUCAAUGCAAUAUCACAGUCCUUGCAGUAGACAGAAAUGGCAAAACAGGCACUGGGACAAUUCAGGUUUUCAUCGUGCCUGGGAACAAGAAUUACCCACGAAUCAUGAAAACCGAGUAUAUCAUGUGCAGAGACAGAAAACCGAUCUGCCUUACUGCACAGGAUGGUGAUGAGUCUCCCUACAGCACACCCUUCGUAUAUCGCAUAACUGACCGUAGCUUGGCUUCCAUGUGGAAGAUAACUCGACACAAUGAUAAUUCUGUGUAUCUUUCACCAAAGGGUGAUAUUCCAUUUGGAACAUAUGAUAUUCCUAUAAGUGUGAUUGAUAAUGGAGGAAAGGUAGGAGAGAACCACAUAAAAGUCAACCUCUGUGACUGUGUUACUCCAACUGAAUGCAAUGGUGGCCAAAGCCGUGAACUUGCUGGUGGAAAUGUUACUCUUGGUGUGUGGGCCAUCCUUGCAAUGAUCUUGGGGUCGCUAUUAUUGCUGCUAAUCCUGAUCACAAUCUGUGGCUGCUGUGGCUCUGGAGUAAUGCACAGGCAUGUGACUGAUGAUUGUGCCAAUCACAAUUUAAUCAUUUCAAAUACAGAAGCUCCAGGAGAAGAAGUGAUGGAUCACAAUAUAAUUCCUCUACAGAAUACGUGUGAUCAAGGAGGAUAUGGAAUAAAAACAGGAGAUCAACAAACAUUUGAAAUGACUAAAGGAAGAGGGCAUACCUUGGAAUCAGUCAAGGGAGGUGGACAUCAGACUCUGGGGUCAGUUAAAGAAGGAGGAGGACAGACUAUGAUGGAUACAUGUAGAUAUUCCUACUCAGAAUGGCAUAAUUUCACACAUCCUCGUUUAGGUGAAAAGGUGCACCUAUGCAGACAGGAUGAAGAACAGAAGCACUCUGAAGAUUAUCUCCUCUCAUAUAACUAUGAAGGAAAAGGAUCCUUGGCUGGCUCUGUAGGCUGCUGCAGUGACCAGCAUGAAGAAGAGGCACUUGACUUCUUAGAUCAGCUGGAACCCAAGUUUAGGACAUUAGCAGAAACAUGUGUAAAAAGAUAA